AUGAUGAUGGUCUGCGUGAAGGUGAUGCUGGCCCUGGCGGUCUGCCUGGGCUUCCUGGUUGACGAGGGCGCCGUGGCUGACUGCUGCCUGGGCGUCAGCACUCCGCUGGGCGAGGUCUGCGAGCGCUCCUACUCCGACACCUGGUGGGUGACCUACAAGUGCGUCGACUCGGGCGGCUGGUCCCAGCAGUUCGAGCUCUGUGCCGAGUGCUCGCCGACGAUCAGCACGAAUGGCAUCAUCGUGUGCGUGUGCGUGCCGGUGGGCUUGCUGGUCCUCUGCGUGGUAGGUUGCUGCCUCGCCUGCCGCUCGCGCAGGCGCACAGUCGUGGUCUACCACACCGUCGGCUCCACCCCGACGCACCCCCAGUACAUGGAGUUUCACGCUUAA